UGUUCUGUAAAAUUUCAGGUAUAUGCUCCUAUUAAAUUGCCAAAAUUGAAUGUUGACGAAAGAGUCAUCUAUGUCUUUGGCUGUUUGACGAAAAAAUGCGGGGGUAGCCCUAAAUGCUGGCGAGCACUUCGCAUGCAAAAGUGCAAUAGCGAGAAGACUCUCAAUGGCAUCUGUGAAGAUUCCAAACCUUCUGCAAACUGCAAUGGGGAUGAGAAAAACAUGGUUAGGGGUAACGAUGGAAGUGUUGAGAAGAACUUGGUGAGUGGCGAUGAAGAAAGUGUUGAGGAGGAAUAUGAUGAUUUAUACUUUGAUGAAUUGGCUCGGGAACUUUCUGAAGCUUGCUCACAAGCUUCUCGGUCCAAGAAACCAAAUGGCUCCUUGAUUUUAGGAUCUAAUAAGACGAGUAUGAGAUCUGAGUCAACACUAAAUGGCAUAAACUCAAGCAUACCAGUGGUUCCUUGCUUUUAUAUAUAUACUCAGGAAGAUCGAUCCGUUGGUGAAGUUGCUGCUGUUUGUGCCAAUUAUGCCAAACUUUCUGUUAAACAAGAAGAUGAUUCUAAUAAUGAUAAAGAUGAUGAAGUUUGGGAAGGAGAGGGAUAUGAAUAUGAUAAGGCUUUGGGUGCUGAUAGAACUUUUUUGAAGUUCAAGAAACGGAUGGAUGCAUAUCCGGAGCAAUGUUUUAGGUGCUUUUAUAUCUGCCAUUUGCCCGCUUUUAACAUUUCAUGCUCACUCCAUU